AUGGCUUCCAUGAACAACUGGUUGGCUUUUUCUUUGUCACCUCAAGAACUCCCAUCACAACCUGUUGAUCAAGACCAUCACUCUCAAACCGCAGUCUCUCGCCUCGGUUUCAACUCCAAUGACAUCUCCGGUGCCGAUGUGUCUGGCGAGUGUUUCGAUCUCACUUCGGACUCCUCGGCCCCUUCUCUCAAUCUCCCUCCCCCUUUUGGCAUACUUGAAGCCUUCAACCGAAACAAUCAAUCCCAAGAUUGGAAUAUGAAGGGUUUAGGCAUGAACUCAGAUGGAAACUACAAGACAAGCUCAGAGCUUUCCAUGUUGAUGGGUAGUUCAUGCAAUGGCCAAAGCCUUGAUCAAAGCAACCAGGAACCAAAGCUUGAAAACUUCCUCGGAAACCACUCUUUCUCGAAUCAUCAGCAGAAUAAGCUCCAUGGUUGCAACACCAUGUACAACACUACCACUGGAGAAUACAUGUUUCCCAACUGUUCAUUGCAGCUCCCAUCGGAGGAUACGACUAAUGCAAGAACAAGCAACGGUGGGGUUGACAACGACAGCAACAACAAUACUAACAAUAAUAAUAACACCAAUAUCAACAGCGGCAACGGUAGUAGCUCCAUUGGUUUAUCCAUGAUCAAGACUUGGUUAAGGAACCAACCAGCACCUCCUCAACCAGAGGCUAAAAACAAUGGCGGUGCUUCACAAUCCUUGUCUCUUUCAAUGAGUACUGGUUCACAAACAGGCUCUCCUUUGCCUCUCCUCACCUCAAGCACUGGGGGCGGAAGCGGUGGAGAGAGCUCUUCCUCCGAUAAUAAUAAGCAGCAGAAGACACAGACAGGUAUGGAUAGCGAAAGCGGUGCAAUUGAAGCGAUGCCAAGGAAAUCUAUUGACACUUUUGGCCAAAGAACUUCCAUAUACCGUGGUGUAACCAGGCAUAGAUGGACUGGUAGAUAUGAGGCUCAUUUGUGGGAUAAUAGUUGCAGAAGAGAAGGACAAACCCGUAAAGGAAGGCAAGGAGGCUAUGACAAAGAAGAAAAGGCAGCCAGAGCUUAUGAUUUAGCAGCACUGAAGUAUUGGGGAACCACAACAACAACAAAUUUCCCAAUUAGCAACUAUGAAAAGGAGUUGGAAGAAAUGAAGCACAUGACCAGGCAGGAGUAUGUUGCGUCUCUGCGAAGGAAGAGUAGUGGAUUUUCUCGAGGAGCAUCUAUCUAUAGAGGAGUCACAAGGCACCACCAACAUGGAAGAUGGCAAGCAAGGAUUGGAAGAGUUGCAGGAAACAAGGACCUUUACUUGGGGACAUUCAGUACGCAAGAAGAGGCAGCAGAAGCCUAUGACAUUGCAGCAAUAAAAUUCCGAGGACUGAAUGCUGUAACCAACUUUGAUAUGAGUAGAUAUGAUGUUAAGAGCAUACUAGAGAGCAGUACAUUGCCAAUUGGUGGAGCUGCAAAGCGAUUGAAAGAUGUUGAGCAAGCAGAAAUGGCUUUGGAUGUACAAAGGGCAGAUGAUGAUAACAUGAGUUCCCAGUUGACUGAUGGAAUCAACAAUUAUGGUGCAGCACACCAUGGCUGGCCUACCAUUGCAUUUCAACAAGCACAGCCGUUUAGCAUGCACUACCCGUAUGGACAAAGAGUAUGGUGCAAGCAAGAGCAAGAUUCUGAUACCAAUCACACCUUCCAGGAUCUUCAUCAACUACAAUUAGGAAGCACCCACAAUUUUUUUCAGCCUUCAGUUCUGCACAACCUCAUGGCGAUGGACUCUUCUUCAAUGGAGCAUAGCUCUGGCUCUAACUCUGUCAUCUAUUGCAAUGGCGGAGGUGGAGAUGCUGCUGGAAGUAAUGGUGCUAGUGGUAGCUACCAAGGGGUCGGGUAUGGAGGCAAUGGAGGAUACAUGAUCCCCAUGGGUACAGUAGUAGCCAGUGAUAGUAACCAAAAUCAGGGCAAUGGCUUUGGAGACAAUGAAGUGAAAACACUUGGUUACGAAAACAUGUAUGGAUCAGCUGAUCCAUAUCAUUCUAGGAACUUGUAUUAUCUUUCCCAGCAAUCAUCAACAGGUGGAGUGAAGGCUAGUUCAUAUGAUCAAGCUUCAGCGUGCAACAACUGGGUGCCAACUGCAGUUCCUACCAUUGCACAGAGGUCUAGCAAUAUGGCUGUCUGCCAUGGAGCCCAAACUUUCACGGUAUGGAAUGAUGCAUAA